CAGGACCCGUGGAAUGUUGUCAGGAUUAUAUGAAUAUUUCAGGAGUUUGUAAGGCCUGUAUUGGUUCUUGGGGGAAGGACUGCAAACACAGCUGUUUAUACGGAUACUACGGUCAUGGAUGUCGAGAAAAGUGCAAUUGUAGUGAAUAUCAAACCUGUGAUAAAAGAUAUGGAUGCCAAGAUAAUCAAACAAAUAUCCAUAAGAGGACGAGUGCAAUUGAAGAUAUAUCCGGAAUCACCAUAUCUGUGGUUUGUGUUGUUUUAACUGUGAUUGUAUUUGGGUCACUACUGUACAUAAAACAGAAAUCGGGACAGAUUAGGAAACCAGUUGAACCUUUGGCGACAGGAGCACACAGUGGGUGUGAUCGGUUGGCAGGGGGUGCUUACUCUUCCAUGGCACCUAAUCCCACCUUUAAUGAAAAUAAAGACUCAAUACAAAAUGAACAAGAGGAUCUCACCUACAGCGACAUAAGAGAAUCGUUCCUGCCUGGUGAUCCAAUUUCGGAAUAUCUGUAUUGUUCUCCACUUCCACACGCACAUUCUGAAAUACCAGCCAGAUAUGAAAAUGAAAGGGAAGAAAAGUUUACUUACUCGAGUUCUUCAGCGAGAUAUGAAAAUGAAAGGGAAGAGAAGUUUACUUACUCGAUUUCUUCAGCGAAAUAUGAAAAUGAAAGGGGAGAGGAGUUUACUUACCCGAGUUCUUUAGAAGUAAAUGAAUAUAGCGGAUGUAGUGAAAGUUCUGGAAUCUAUAACUGUCUAAAAUUUGAAAAGAAGUCUCCUUCAACAGCACAAUCAGCUGCGGCUCAGAACGUUUACUUCUCGAUGAGGUCAAAUUUCAGAUAAUGUUUGCGUGUUCUCUCCCGACUCAGGGUAAAAAAUUGGGUUGGUGGGGAAAUCUUUCUUCUAGAAAAUUUAACAUAUUUGUUGACAGUUUAAAGGGAAUAAAAAAAAACCGACUCAUAUAUUAUAGUUUGAGUAAAAAGUCUAUCGCAGUAUUUGUAUUAUUUCCUUUAAAGUGAGAAAGUGAGCACUUUACUAUAUAAUCUUAUAGUAAAUGUACUUGUUUUUGAGAAGGUCCCUUAAAAAUACCUGGACGGUAGAUUUUCCCCAAA